AUGUAUUGUAGGUAAUAGUGUCCGCUGUUAUUGCGAAAUGUAUCUGUUCCAACGUUUACUUUCUGACGACAUACUUACGGGGCUUGCUAGCUUUAAAUUAGCUGUUAUCAUCAUCCGGUAACUAGCCAUGAGGCCUCAGUAAACCAUGAAACCAAGCAGAACUGGAUACAGCGUUAGAGGAGGGACGCCGUUCAUUCCUAUGGGAGUCAUACAGUGGCAUAUGAAGCUCUAAAUGGAGCGACUGUAGAUUCAGAAAGUACCAGGAUCAUCCGGGUCCUUUUGCUUAUACAGCGUGGGCAGCUGAUUUUUCCUUAAGCCCCGCCUCCGAUGUCCCGUUCUCGACUCAGUCAAAUGAAUGGAGAGAAAUUGGAAUGGGAAAAACUCUGGAUUCGGCUUUUAGCGCAUUUAACAACUUUUACACCGUAAUGAUUUAAAUGAGGGCUAUAAAGAAGUUCGUGUUGGGUAGUUUAGUUCUGAAAAUAAAUGAUACGCUUAUUUACAAACGUCUCUUUCCCAAUGCACGGCAAUGGGAAAAAGUAUGGUUCGGCCAAAAUGACGUAACGGAAGUUGUAGUAACACCGUUUGACCACUACUCCCAUUCAAAAAAUCGCCUUCAACGCCGGCGCACUUCCUGGGGGCUUCCAGUAAAGCAACACGCAAUGGUUGGUAAGCAGUUCCGUACCUGGAAGUAAAGCUAGCUAACCUGCACCCUUCAAUUCACUUCGUAUUUAGCUGCGCGGAGCCUUGUGUAUCUAACAUUUCUUCGUGGUGAUAACCUACAACGUUACAUGUUUUAUUUAUUCUAAUGUUAAUAAAUCAGUGGCAGUUUUGAAACUACCUUUGACGCCACAGCAUGACAUUUGUAAGCUGCGUUUACACUGCGUUUUAAAGCAACGUCAGCAGUCACUAAGGCUUCACUGUAGCCAGCUGUUUCCGUGAACGUCCCACUGCGGAGCGGUAACGCAUGUCUUCAUCCUGCUCUCUGUCAGCUUUCAGUGCUCCAAACAUGGACCAAGACAACAAUUCAGAGGAUGAGUCUGUUGGCCCAUCUGAGGACCCUUCAGAAGAUGAACUACCCUCUCUACCUCCAGGACUCUCGGAUGGUGAGGCAAUGGAGCUGCUUUGGCAGCUGCGAUCCCAGCGCCGCCAGUCGUCCCCUGAGCUCCCAGAGACGGUAUCCGUUCUUACGGCUCCUGACGGCAGCCUCCUCUAUCUGGUGGGCACUGCCCACUUCAGUGACAGCAGCAAAAAGGAUGUGGCUACGACGAUCCGCGCUGUGCAGCCAGACGUGGUGGUGGUGGAGCUGUGCCAGUACAGGGUGUCUAUGCUGAAGAUGGACGAGGUUACACUGCUGAGGGAAGCCAAAGACAUAAACCUGGAUAAGGUUCAGCAGGCCAUCAAACAGAAUGGGCUGAUGUCCGGCCUCAUGCAGAUUCUCCUGUUGAAAGUUUCAGCUCACAUCACAGAGCAACUGGGCAUGGCUCCUGGAGGAGAGUUCAGAGAGGCCUUCAAAGAGGCUGGACAAGUACCAUUCUGUAAAUUUCACCUUGGCGACAGGCCGAUCCCUGUGACAUUCAAGAGAGCCAUUGCAGCUCUCAGUCUGUGGCAGAAAGCCCGUCUGGCAUGGGGUCUUUGCUUUCUCUCUGACCCAAUCAGUAAAGAGGACGUGGAAAAGUGCAAACAGAAGGACCUGCUCGAGCAGACCAUGUCAGAAAUGAUCGGGGAGUUUCCUGCUCUGCACCAGACCAUCGUUGCUGAACGAGACAUCUACCUCACACACACGCUUCGCCAGGCUACACGCUGUGUGGAGGCCCCCAGUAAUGCCCAGAAAGUGCCUGCAGUGGUGGUGGGAGUCGUAGGGAUGGGUCACGUCCCUGGCAUCGAAAGAAACUGGGAGAAGGAGCUCAACAUAACUGAAAUCAUGAGUGUUGCGCCACCCUCACGUUUUGGCUGGGUGCUGCGUACGGUCAUAAAGGGCGUGGUGAUGGGAAUGCUGGGAUAUGCCUGCUACCGUGCUGGAGGGAGUCUGGGCCGCGCCCUGCUGUCAUUACCUGCAGUCGAAUCUAUACUGGAGACUCUACAGCCACCCCCUCUAAGCCCACAGUGACAUGACCUUUGACCUAUCAACACAAUGCAUUUUUCACCAAUGGCCUUAAAAAUAGGACGAUGGGCUGGAGGAAAGGUUUCAUCAGCCCAACAUAUGAACUCACAAGGACCUCAGGGGGUUAAAACCUCCCACCUCGUAUUGAUGUCCCUGUACACGCAGCAGGGCCGUACUGCCAAAGAAACCAUGACAGUACUCUUUGUUUUCUUUCAUAUUUUGAGCAAAUCCUGCAUUUUGUAAGGUUUGCAAAGGCCAACAAUUCUCUUUGAAUAGAUUUACUUUACAUAGACAGAAUUUUUAUUUGAAAAAACCAACAGAUUUAUCUCCAGUCAGGUGCCCUGAUUGGACAUUUUCUCAUAGACUCACUUUUUAAUUGUGUUAUUCCUUCCUCCUUUCCGGUGCCAGCCAGAAUAUUUUGUAGUAGGCCCAUAUCAAGUCCAGCACUUUAUAAGAUAUUUACAUGCAGCCUAUGGAAAGGAAAAGAGUUUCAAAUAUCAAGUCAGUCAAAACUUGACUUAAACUCAAUAAUAGAAUCGAAGACUGGAGCAGCAAGCAACGUUCAUGGUGUGAGGUAAAUGAAAAAAAUGUGUAAAUUGGAUGGCUGACCAUCAUUUUCUUAAAUCUAAAAAAAAUUCACCAUUCUUUAAACAUACAUAACACGUAGUUGUUUCCUAUGGUCACAGUCCUGCCCACAGCAACAGACAAGUGCCUCAUGGUUCAGCACUAAGGGCUAAUGAUGUACUGAAUGGAAUGGCAAAAAAGUGUUAAAUGCAUCUUACACCGACAACAACCACAGGCCAAUGCAAUUUUAUAAUAUUUUGUCUUCAUGUAAUUCUAUAUAGGGCCUAUUUUAUAAAUACUGCUUCCCCAAAUAUUGACUAUCGACUUCUGUUGUCUUGGCUUCAGAUAUGACUCGCAUGACUUUUACAUUAAUUGGGACCUGACGAAGGACAGGCAUAAAUGUUCCUCAGGAUGAGCAACGCACUUAAAUAAUAAUUUGUGUAAUUGAUUGUACCUCCAAUAUGAGGCAUCCUCAUUUGUUGGCUCUAACUGGCUGCAUCUGUGAGUAAGGGUUCAUACUUGAAAAAUAUGCAUCUUUUACAGAAAGACAUCUCUCAAUAACUCCAUGAGAAUGUCAUUCAGCGCACCAGCUGUUUCUACUUUUGUGAUAUAAUUGUGCAUUAUGACUUGCCUGUGUGAUUGUAAAUUACCAAUGGGUAUUGAGUUGAUAAAAAAAACACAUUAUUUUUGUUUUAGUGAGGAUUGACCGUGAUGAUUUCUGAGGUGACAUUUCUUAUGGACAUGCUUUGAUUACUAUGAAGGAAACGGAUGGUUUCGAUUGGUCAGAGUUAGGAGGUAAAGCCUUACACUGCUAUCACUGCUGCCUUCGACCCUCAGAUUGCCUCAUCUGCUGAGGCUUUACAGAAGAUUACCAACACUGACAUGUAUCCAUACAGAGCUGCUUAUUGCAUGUGUACAAUUUGACUAAAUGACAUGCCGUUCACUUUUGUUACGUAAAAGAUGUCCUAAUAAAUCCAACAAGAUAUAUACUGUACAUGGGCAAUAAACCAACAUAGAUUUA